GCCCAUGAGCCAGUGUCAGCCUCGGGCGGGAGGAGGGGGAGGAGGCUGCGGGGCACAGGAGGAGCAGGGGUGGGCUGUCAAAUAAGGACCAGAUUCUUCGCUCUUCCCCCGGCGAUCUCUUCCUCCUCCCCCGCUCGUGGCGUGACAUCUGCGGGCCGAGGACCUGUAUGUGUGCGCGCGCGAAGGCGAGGAAGAAUGGCAGUGCUCAAACUCACCGACCAGCCACCUCUGGUCCAAGCAAUCUUCAGUGGUGACCCAGAAGAGAUACGGAUGCUCAUCCAUAAAACCGAAGAUGUGAAUGCACUGGAUUCUGAGAAGCGAACUCCUCUUCACGUGGCUGCGUUUCUGGGAGAUGCAGAGAUCAUUGAACUCCUGAUUCUGUCAGGGGCUCGUGUAAAUGCCAAGGACAACAUGUGGCUGACCCCACUACACCGAGCUGUUGCUUCCAGAAGUGAAGAAGCAGUGCAAGUGUUGAUUAAGCAUUCAGCUGAUGUCAAUGCGAGAGACAAGAACUGGCAGACCCCCCUCCACGUGGCAGCAGCUAAUAAGGCCGUCAAAUGUGCAGAAGUGAUCAUCCCAUUGCUGAGCAGCGUCAAUGUCUCCGACCGAGGGGGGCGCACAGCCCUGCACCACGCAGCUCUGAACGGCCAUGUGGAGAUGGUCAAUUUACUCUUGGCUAAGGGGGCAAACAUCAAUGCAUUUGACAAGAAGGACCGACGUGCCCUCCACUGGGCAGCAUAUAUGGGCCACCUGGAUGUUGUGGCAUUGCUCAUAAACCAUGGUGCAGAAAUUACCUGUAAAGAUAAGAAGGGUUACACUCCCUUGCAUGCUGCGGCCUCCAACGGACAGAUCAAUGUUGUCAAACACCUCCUGAACCUGGGGGUAGAGAUUGACGAAAUCAACGUCUAUGGAAACACGGCACUUCAUAUUGCCUGCUACAAUGGCCAGGAUGCUGUAGUUAAUGAGUUGAUCGACUAUGGUGCUAACGUGAACCAGCCCAACAACAACGGUUUCACCCCUUUGCAUUUUGCUGCUGCCUCCACUCAUGGUGCUUUGUGUCUGGAAUUGCUAGUAAACAACGGGGCAGAUGUUAACAUUCAGAGUAAAGAUGGCAAAAGUCCACUGCACAUGACAGCUGUCCACGGAAGGUUCACACGGUCACAGACUCUCAUUCAGAAUGGAGGUGAAAUUGACUGUGUGGAUAAGGAUGGCAACACUCCUCUCCAUGUGGCUGCAAGAUACGGUCAUGAGCUUUUGAUUAACACCUUAAUAACCAGCGGAGCUGACACAGCCAAGUGUGGAAUUCACAGCAUGUUCCCCUUACAUUUAGCCGCCCUGAAUGCUCACUCUGAUUGCUGCAGAAAGUUGUUGUCAUCGGGCUUUGAAAUAGACACCCCAGAUAAAUUUGGAAGAACGUGCCUUCAUGCUGCUGCUGCAGGAGGUAAUGUGGAAUGUAUAAAACUCUUGCAGAGCAGCGGAGCAGAUUUCCAUAAAAAGGACAAGUGUGGGAGGACCCCUUUGCACUAUGCAGCUGCCAAUUGUCAUUUCCACUGCAUUGAGACAUUAGUGACCACCGGGGCCAGUGUUAAUGAAACUGAUGACUGGGGACGGACAGCUCUUCACUAUGCCGCUGCAUCAGACAUGGACAGAAAUAAGACGAUCUUAGGAAAUGCCCAUGAAAAUUCAGAAGAACUUGAAAGAGCCAGGGAGCUGAAGGAAAAGGAAGCUGCACUAUGUUUAGAGUUUCUGCUUCAAAAUGAUGCAAAUCCAUCCAUCCGGGAUAAAGAAGGUUACAAUAGCAUACAUUAUGCUGCUGCCUACGGCCACCGACAGUGUCUGGAACUGCUUUUGGAAAGAACCAACACUGGUUUUGAAGAAUCAGAUUCCGGUGCUACCAAGAGUCCGCUCCACUUGGCUGCCUACAAUGGGCACCAUCAAGCCUUGGAGGUCCUUCUUCAGUCGCUAGUGGACCUGGAUAUCAGGGAUGAGAAAGGCCGUACUGCUCUGGAUCUGGCCGCCUUCAAGGGACACACAGAAUGUGUGGAAGCACUUAUCAGUCAGGGUGCAUCCAUCUUUGUGAAAGACAAUGUCACCAAAAGAACUCCACUUCAUGCCUCAGUUAUUAAUGGUCACACCCUGUGUCUGCGGCUAUUACUAGAAGUUUCAGACAACCCAGAAGUAGUUGACGUGAAAGAUGCCAAAGGACAAACCCCGCUGAUGCUUGCAGUAGCCUAUGGACAUAUCGACGCUGUUUCAUUGUUACUUGAAAAAGAAGCAAAUGUAGAUGCUGUUGACAUCAUGGGAUGCACUGCUUUACACAGAGGGAUUAUGACAGGACAUGAAGAAUGUGUGCAAAUGCUGCUGGAACAAGAAGUGUCGAUUCUCUGUAAAGAUUCCAGAGGGAGGACGCCCUUGCACUAUGCAGCUGCUCGGGGCCAUGCCACAUGGCUGAGUGAGCUGCUCCAGAUGGCUCUUUCUGAGGAGGACUGUUGUUUCAAAGAUAACCAAGGCUACACGCCACUGCACUGGGCUUGUUACAAUGGUAAUGAAAACUGUAUAGAGGUACUCUUGGAGCAAAAAUGUUUUCGUGAAUUUAUCGGUAAUCCCUUUACUCCACUGCACUGUGCAAUAAUAAGUGAUCAUGAGAACUGUGCAUCCUUGCUACUUGGGGCCAUAGAUUCCAGUAUCGUCAGUUGUAGAGAUGACAAAGGCAGGACUCCCCUUCAUGCAGCAGCCUUUGCUGAUCACGUGGAGUGCUUGCAGCUUCUUUUGAGACACAAUGCUCAAGUGAAUGCAGUAGACAAUUCAGGGAAAACAGCAUUGAUGAUGGCUGCUGAGAAUGGCCAGGCCGGUGCUGUGGAAAUUUUGGUGAACAGUGCCCAGGCCGAUCUGACUCUAAAGGACAAGGACUUGAAUACACCCUUACAUUUGGCUAGCAGUAAAGGUCAUGAAAAAUGUGCCUUGUUAAUACUUGACAAGAUACAAGAUGAGAGCCUUAUUAAUGCAAAAAAUAAUGCACUGCAGACACCCCUCCAUGUUGCUGCACGCAAUGGCUUGAAGGUGGUUGUUGAGGAGUUGCUGGCCAAAGGAGCCUGUGUUCUUGCUGUAGAUGAAAAUGGUCAUACCCCGGCCCUGGCUUGCGCUCCUAACAAAGACGUGGCUGACUGCCUGGCCCUCAUUUUGGCUACCAUGAUGCCUUUUUCUCCUUCCAGUACAAUGACGGCUGUCAACUUCGUUUGUUUUAAAAAAGACAAUUUGAGCAGGACGACCCUCUCCAAUCUGGGUAGCAUGGUUAGCCUGUGCAGUAACAACGUAGGCUCCGAGGAUGGGUACAAUGAAAAUGAUUCUGAUUCUGAAACAUUCUGACUUUGGACUGUAGAAGCUUUUCCUUGAUCACCUGUGUUGGAGGAAAGGAAAGGAGCUUGAAUUCCAGGUUUAUGUGGGGCCCCAGCUUCGAGAAGCCAGUAGAGAAGUCAUCACUCCAGGGGAGGGCAGCAAGGCCAUAGGGUAAAAUACUCACACAGAUGGGCCCUGACUUUUAUUUUGUUUCAUGCUUUCUUUUGAUCUAAGGUACUUGUGUGAAAGUCUACCUCUCAUUUUAAGUAAAAAAAUUUUUUUUAAGUAUUUAAUUCUUUUUCUUUGGGGAUAAUGCAACAGAGAGGCAACUGUUCACUCUAAAGAAUUUUUUUUCAUGUACUUAGCAGUGAGUUCUCAGAAGUCUAUCAAUGUGACAUUCAUGUCCCCUGGGAGGGGAGGGAAGAAGUGGAUAGGAAAUGCCUCAGACCUCUCCUGACUUUGAUGUUUACUUCCUCACUAGAAGCCAAAGGCAAAGGUGUUCAUCUUCACAACUAAUGCCUGUAAUAAUCUUUUGAAGAGAGUCCAACUAUUCCUAUUCUCUCUGUAGUAAGGACUUAAAUAUCCAGAACUUCUUCCUAAGGAUUUUUGUUAAAGUUGUCAGAUAAGUGGAAAACUUGAAUGUGCUUUUAUUCUUUUUUGUUUAAUACAAAUGUGGCACACAGUGCUCCCCAUAGCCUGUAACUAACUUUUCACCCAAGUGAUUGAACCCAAAUUGAUCUAGUAACAUUUCAAGGAAAAAUUAUAUUGCACCCAAACUUUGAGACAAUGUACAAAUUUAAUAUGAAACUACCCUUUGUUAAUUUGUUCUUAAAUCAAAAUGUUAACUUCUUAAAAACAUCAGAAUCCUCAGACUUAUUCAUCAAUAGUAACAUGUUACAUAAGCAUCUCGGUCAAGGUUAUGAGUGAAAGAGUGUCUGUAAAAGGAAGCCAAGAAAAUGAAAGCAGAAAGUAGAGAUGGGUGAUAUGCAAAUGAAAGCCAAUUGACAGUUUCUUGAUGAUGAAAUCAACAUAGUGAAUACUGUGUCUACUCCCUCUGCCAAAGCUUCUAGGUUGAAUGGACCCCGUUCCGCACCUGGAACAGCUAUACAAAAAGAAGAAUGAGACGUUAAAACUUACGCACAUACACACGCACACAUUGCUGUGUGUAUAUAUAUAUAUAUAUGUAGUUCAUCAACCAGCUAUCCGUGAGGACCAAAAUGCUUCAGUCUAAAAUGGAAGAUUUAAAUUUCUUCUCUCUAAAUACAAAUGAAAACUGUAGUAGCUUUUCUAUGAAGUUAAAAUGUAAUCUUUUGUGUAUUGGUCUUUAUUGUAUUUUAUAUUUCUUAUGACACAGAUUUCUAGUUGAUGGCUUAACAUUUGUAACUGAUGAGGUGUUGACCACAGUUUAUUUUUUUGCCAAACUAGAGAAAAUGUCUGUAUACUUUUGAUGUAAAUGUGUUUAUAUUUAUUUGAAAUGAAACAAAUGCCGAGGAAACAUCCACUAUUUGUUCUCUGUUUUAAUUGCUACAUUCUUAUUUGGAAUAACAAAAAAAGUGGAAAAACACCCUUGACCCUGGCUAGGCAACAGCUCUGGGGACAAACCCAGCAUUUCCACUGCUAAGGUUUCCAGCCAACCCUCAGGUUCAUCCAUCGCUCAGUCCAGUCUAUAGCCAGCAUAGAGCUUAUACAGUGCCAUCCAUAUCCUCUUCUGCAAAGUGUGCAGUGGAUCAUAUACACAAGGUGGCCCAAAGAAAGACCAAGAAAUUACCCUAAAUACAUUGAAAAUCUCACACGGUUCUGAUAACCAAGAUGGAAGUGAUGUCAGCAUGGGCACUGUGCCAAGACAAGGAAUAAAAAUCACCAGCCCAAGUGCUAUUUCCCACUUGAGGAAGAGACAGGAACGAAAUAUGUCACAUUAGGGCAGGUCUCUUCAACAUUUUAAAAUAGGUUCCAUUUUCACCCUGGAAAUGUCUAUUUUAUAGUGUAUGUGAGAUAUUUUUAAAAUACUGUUCUAUCAUAUCUGCAUAAAUACAGAUAGAGUAUUCUAUUUUUCAUCAAGUGGUAAAAGACUUUAAUCUUACUCUUUUAAGAUCCUGGAUUUAAUUUAAACUCAUUGUAAGCUCAAAUUCAACAUGUGAACUUGCUCAAAAGGUCUUAUGGAACUGGUAUUAGUUUUAUCAAAAAAAUUCGGCAUCACUCUUAUUUUUUAAAUUUUGGUGUGGUGUUUCCCUCCUUCCGUUCUUUUUGUUUAAAGAUGAAUUUUUAAAAAGUAGAUGAAUUGUGAGUGAGUAAUAAUGGCCUUAUCUUUACCAAAACACUGAAAAUAAGGGCGCUCCAGGUUGAAGAAGCAUGAUAUACUGCAGUGUCUUUUUCUAGAAAUGAAUGGACAUUUUGCUCCAUUGCCAUUUAAAGCAGCAAAGAAAAUGCCUGAACAACCGUGAAGCAGCAUUGACAUUUUUCCCUGUAGAGUAGCAGAGAGUAGAAGGAUGGUUUCAGCAAAGCAGUGACCUUCUGUGAGACAUUGUCUCCAUGGAGCUGACUCUUUGUGAUAGAAGGAAGACAAAGGAACAAAAUGAAAUCAUGCUUACUCUUUAUUGAAUCACUCAAUCUCUCUCUCUCUCUCUCCCUUUCUAUUUCUCACUCCCGACAAGACCAAAUUUUUUAA